UUGCUGUCCCAUCGAUUGGGCCAGGAAAACUUUGUUGCACGUCGGAGGUCCUUCGCCCCCAAGAUGUUUACGUAUUGUAAUAGGGGGAGAGGAUGAGGGCUGGGGGAAGUGCUGAGGGAAGUGCUGAAGGAAGUCCGAGGAUACGAGACCCCUGUGUUCUAAGCGAGGUGUGGUGUCUUUUGGCGCGUUGAACAGUCGCGUCAUCCGAGGAACCAAUUUACGCGUCUUCUUCAACAAACUCCACACGUCAAACUUCGAACACCCUGCCACGAUUACAACACCACAAGAUUCGAGCAAUUGAACUCUCGAGCGAGGAAUCGAGACAAAUCAGAGAAAUAGUUCAAUUGAGAGGGGGACAAAGGAGCACAGCAACCAUGAUCCGACAAGACUUCUCCCGCAUCGAGAGCAAGCGCAAAAACGUCGCCCACCGCCAGAAACAGUUCCUCACCCCCCAGUACGCACCGCUCACCUACUCCACGCGCCUGAACUUCUACACCCUCCCGCCCACCGCCGACAUCACCCUCGAGCAGUUCGAGCAAUGGGCCAUCGACCGGCUGCGCGUCCUCGCCGAACUCGAGGCCUGCUCCUUCCGCAACAAAUCCCCCGCGGAGACGGCUGCCCAUAUGAAGCCGCUGCUGGACAAGUAUCUCCCGCUGAGUGGGAGUAGUUCCGGGAGUGGUAAACUGCAGGAGGAGAGGAUGAAGGAUCAUUAUUCGCACUUUAUACUGCGGCUGGCGUUCGCGAGUACGGAGGAUUCGAGGAGGAGGUUUAGUCGGGUCGAGAGUAUGCUGUUCCGGUUGCGGUUUCUGGAUAACGAUGUCAAGGAGCGGCAAGCUUUUGUAGAGGGCUUAAAUCUGGAGUGGGAGGUUGUGGGGGAGGAGGAGAAGGGCAGGUGGAGUGAGGAGUUGAGGGCUGCGGCUGGCGGGUUCUUGAAGGGUGAGAGGUUUGAGGGCGAGAGUUGGUUUAAGGUUGAUUGGGAACGCGUGCCGGAGUUGGUGGAGGGGAGGAGGGUGUUCUUGAGGGCUGGGAAGGCGUAUGUUCCGGGGAGGGAGCAGAUGAGUAUGGUUGUUGCAGAGUUUACUGGACGGUUAGAUAAAGCGCUUGAGAUGACUUCUAGAGCCCUCCCCCGCCUCGACGAAGACGACCGCCUCACCCCAAUUCUCGCCCAUCUUUCAAACAACUUCACAACUCCCGACGCCUCUUACUCAUCCUCAACAACCGCCCUCCCAGGGGCCGACAUCUCCGCCCGCAACAUCGACACCCUCUCCUCCUCCUUCCCACUCUGCAUGCAAAAUCUCCACCGCUCUCUCCGCCGCGACGCACAUCUCAAACACUACGGCCGUCUCCAGUACACGCUCUUCCUCAAAGGCAUCGGGCUCAACCUCGAAGAAUGCCUCGUGUUCUGGCGCACGGCAUUCUCGAAAAUCACAGAUGAUACGUUUAACAAGGAAUACCGUUACAAUGUGCGUCACGCAUACGGAGAUGUGGGUGGCGAUUCAAAUAGGAGAGGAAAUGGGUAUUCUCCGUUUUCAUGUCAGAAGAUCUUGACGGAACAUCCACCUGGACCGGGAGAGAGCCAUGGGUGUCCGUAUCGGCACUUCUCGACAGAGAAUUUGACGGCGUUGUUGCAGGCUGUGGGUGUUAAGGAUAGCGAGGUGCUGAGGGGGGUUAAGGAGGAUAAGGAGAAGAUGAAGUUUCAUUUGGCUUGUAAUCGGGUCUUCGAAUACGCACACAAGCAGGAGAUUAAGAAGGUCAAAGAGGACGGCACGUGGGGCGCUGCGCAGCUCGAGACGAUCGUGCACCCAAACGAGUAUUUCAAGCGCAGUUACUUGCUCAAGAAUCUCGGGAAGACGCCUGCAGGGACGGAAGCCGAGGGAGAAAAGGGAGAUGUUAAGAUGGAGGGCUAGGUUCCGUUCUGUGUAGGUGAUGGGGAUGGGCAAGGGAAGGAGGAGAGGGGUGUUAUGGCGUUGUGUGGGUAAUGAUUAUGAGUAUUGGGAUUUUGGCAUGGUAUUGUACAAGGGGAAGCAAUUGAGACAACCAUACU